AUAAAUAAAAUAGCUCCGGUGAACAAGUUGUUUCCUCCUCUCUCGACUGAGAAGCGGCGGAACACCGGCGAAGAAGGGGGAAUCAGCAGAAGAAAAUUAGCUGCGAAUCUUCUUCUCGAUACAUUUGGGCACCGAUGUCUGGUAACAACAACAACCCUCAAGGCUCUGCGCCUUCGCCAUUCAGGAGACCUGGGUUGUUCCUGGAGGGUUUGCUCAGUCUCAUAUGGCAACUAACUUUCAAGCUCCGUUUCAGUUCAGUCAAGCUCAGGCCAUGGCUCAAGCACAGUCUAAAAGUCCAUGGUCAAAUGAAAGCUCAGGUACAAGCAGGCAAUGACAAUGAACCAAGCCCCGGAGAUUGGUGUUUUGAAUCCUUCUUCGCCUUCUAUGACCACCACUCCUGGAAGUAGUUUAAACGUGAAGAGGCUCCAGCAGAAACCGUCAGUGGUUUCCCUAACAACACUAUCUCCCCCAUGAGGACAAUGAAGUUAACUCCUCCUGCUGCACGUAAGAAGAAACAGAAGCUUCCUGAGAAGUCUUUGCAGGAACGUGUGGCAGCUAUCUUGCCUUAUACACACAGCUUCUCGUGUCGAUGCUGCGCUGAGUAGAAAGAAAGUUGACAUCCAGGAAGCUCUUAAGAACCCUCCUUGCGUACAGAAGACACUUAGGAUCUACGUUUUCAACUCCUUUGCUAACCAAAACAACACGAUCCCUGGGAAUCCAAAUGCUGACAACCCUCCUACUUGGACUCUUAAAAUUGUUGGUAGGAUCCUGGAAGAUGGGGUGGAUGAUCCAGACCAGACAGGAAUUGUUCAGAAACAUAACCCAUUGCAUCCCAAGCUCUGGUCUUUCUUAAAGAAGGUGCAAGAAAGAUAACCCAUUGCAUCAGUACAUCUAAUCUCAGAUUCGUUCACUUUCUGACGGCGAUCUGCUUUUUCCUUCCGAGAGGCGGCCGCUCCGACUACAUCCAGGAAGGUACUGCGAGGCACUUAUUUGCGCAAGAAGAGCCUCGACCGAGUGUGGAACUAACUCGAGGGUACAUGACGAACGAUGAUCUCGAGAAAGCGAUGAAAGAUUUCACCAAGAGAUGCAGCAAGAUCUCCAGAUUAUACAGGGUUUUCUGGAACGUGCUUUCAGCAUCGGGAAGAGUGUCAAUGGGUUUCCUUUGUGGGUCAUAGAGAUAUCAGACAGGCCUGGAGAGGUUGAGGCUGAACCUGCAUUCAAGUACAUUGGGAAUGUACAUGGAGACGAACCUGUAGGGCGUGAGCUAUUGAUGCGUCUUGCAAACUGGAUUUGUGAUAACUAUGGGAAGGAUCCACUGGCUAAGUUGAUUGUGGAAAAUGUCCACCUUCAUAUAUUACCAUCACUGAAUCCAGAUGGCUUUUCAGUCAGGAAACGUAAUAACGCAAACAAUGUUGAUCUAAAUCGCGACUUCCCUGACCAGUUCUUUCCCAUAAAUGAAGACUUGAGUUUGAGGCAACCUGAAACUACGGCUAUUAUGACUUGGCUGAGAGAGAUACGAUUCACAGCCUCGGCUACUUUGCAUGGGGGUGCCCUGGUAGCAAAUUUUCCAUGGGAUGGUACUGACGAUAAGAGCUGUUAUCGUUCAGGAAAUACUAUUAUGGGUGUCCUGAUGAUCAGACGUUCCGGUUCUUGGCACGUCUAUAUAGCAAAUCUCACCGUAACAUGUCUUUCAGCAAAGAGUUUGAGGAAGGCAUCACGAAUGGAGCAUCCUGGUACUCUAUUUACGGUGGUAUGCAAGACUGGAAUUACAUACAUGGAGGAUGCUUUGAAUUGACUUUGGAGAUAAGUGACAACAAGUGGCCUCGUGCCUCAGAGGUCUAAGUCUUAUAUAUAUUCAUAUGUGUUAACCUGUUUCUCCAUGGAUUGUACGAAGCAGUUAGCUGAUACAGUUUGUAUCUCUUAUUCAGCUUCCCACGAUUUGGGAGUACAACAGAAAGAGCAUGCUGAAUCUUGUUGCAAGCAUAGUCAAGCUAUCAAUGUUUUAAUCAUUGUUUUUCAGAACUCAACAUUUUAAUCUUUUUACACAUUUUUCACACA